CCGCAUUCGGCUUUUACUAGCUACCCCGCCGGACCGUACAGCCCCUUGCCCCGCCCGCAGCGGUUGCCAGCGUCACGCGUGGACGAAGCCAUAUUGUCCCAAUUGGAGGAACUGGCCCGGCCGGGGCGGGUUGAGAGCGACCGGCAGUCGAUGCGCAGCCUGACCGUUGCGGACCACGGUAGCAUGCUGCUGAACAUGACGGAGCAACACCCGGAAUCCAGGUUUCUCAUAGGCAGUGACGAAGAAGUCGCCAGGAGAGAGCGGAUCAGGGAGAAGAAGCUGAAAAAUGUGAACGCGCUGGGUCUGGUCAGCGGAGAAAGCCACGCCACGAUCGAAAGUAGGAAACAACACCAGGAAGUAGAGCUGGCGGCUUUACACUUGCAGCCCACAAGCGUCCGCACAAGUACCUUUGGCGAUCUUCAUGCGGGCGGGAAAGUAGGUGUCGGCGACGCUAGUAACGAGAAUACGGGCAGAGCCGGUGGUCCGUCCGCCGCGGUCCAGAUUUCCAAACUGCACUCCCGUCCCGAGUCCGUUCGGUCGGUCCAGAUCCCGGAGCCGAGUGUCAUCAUUUCUGAGAAGGAGGCAGAAAACCCGGACGAGCCGCCGCGCGAAUGGUACGCGGUGUGGAUCACAAGGGAGGAAUUGAAUUUCACCCACGCUCGCCCGCAGGUGUACUCGGACCAUAGCCAGAGCUCCCACGAGGAAAGCCUGCGAUUCAUUUUCAAGGUGUUUUUCGCGGAGGAGGGGCACGUUGAACCCGAAUACCCGCGCACUGCGGAGCACGAGGCCACGGAGUUUCUGCUACACGACGAAAUUCUCGACACGGACUUUGACGACGAAAAUCCGGCCGCACUGCCUGCGUUGAAGGGUGUGAAUCGCGAGGAUUUCGUCCCUGGGAAUAAAGACAUCUACGAAGAUCUCGUCCUAGUGAAGAGCAUGCAGCAGCGGCUGGACGAGGCAAAUCGGGCAACGCGCGGGGCGCCAAGGGAAGAUGUUGCGAGGCCGUCAGCUGCGGAGCGAGAAAUGGCGCACGGAGGUUUGUUGGGGGGCACUACUGAUGAACUCAGUAGUGGUCGCCAACAGCAUCCUCUCGGGGAUCAGAAGCUCAUGGAACACAUGGAGCGGGAUUACGAUUCUGGUGCGUACGCCACUGUGGACGAAAAACCGGAUCACGAACUGCUGAUCCCAAAAACAGAGGAAAUGAAGCAAAUUGAUAAAGAGCGGGCAAAGCAAGAAGCGGACGAAAUCAACGAAAGAUCCAGCAUGAACCGCUCGCCCGAUAAAGCUCUUUUCUUCUAAAUUAGAGGCGUACGCAGCAUGCAGCAGUCUGCCCGUUGCACAUUGCAGGAAGCCAGCGAAUAAGGUAGAUUUCUGUUUCGCGAGUGCGAGAUGAACUACGACUACUUACAACGUGUCUGUUUCAUCGUUUCGAAAUGAACAGGCCAAGCAAACAGCAAAGCGUUCUAGCGCUGCACUUUCUGAAU